AUGGAUAGGGUAAUAAUAUAUUUGUUAUUGGCAUGUCUGUUUUCAUGGACAAUCUCGGUAGUACGAAGUGAAGAUCCAUAUUGGUACUUUACAUGGAAGGUUACUUAUGGAAUUGCUUCCCCAUUAGGUGUUCCACAACAAGUGAUUCUCAUCAAUGACCAAUUUCCAGGACCAAAUAUCAAUUCCACCAGCAACAAUAACAUUGUUGUUAAUGUUUUCAACAAUCUUGAUGAGCCCUUGCUUUUUCAUUGGUCCGGGGUGCAACAAAGAAAGAAUUCAUGGCAAGACGGUCUUCCAGGGACGAAUUGCCCAAUCCAACCAGGUGCCAACUUCACAUACAAGUUUCAGGUGAAGGAUCAGAUUGGAAGCUACUUCUACUACCCCAGCCUCGGCCUCCACAGGGCAGCCGGGGGAUUCGGCGGCCUCCGCAUAAACAGCCGCCUACUCAUCCCCGUCCCGUACCCAGAUCCGGAGGACGACUACACUGUCCUCAUUGGCGACUGGUUCACAAAGAGCCACGCAACCCUCAAGAAAUUUCUAGAUGGCGGCCGCUCCCUGGGGCGGCCGGAAGGGGUGCUCAUCAACGGCCAGAACGCCAAAGGCGACGGCUCCGACAAGCCCCUCUUCGAAAUGAAAGAAGGGAAGACUUACAAGUACAGAGUCUGCAACGUUGGCCUCAAGGACACCCUCAAUUUCAGGAUCCAAGACCACCCUAUGCUGCUCGUCGAGAUGGAAGGCUCUCACACCGUUCAGAACAUAUACGAUUCACUCGACGUCCACGUCGGAAUGUGCUUCAGUGUUCUCGUAACUGCCGACAAGAAACCCAGGGAUUAUUACAUGGUUGCUUCAACUAGGUUUAGCAAAACCCUAAUUACUGGAAAAGGGAUCAUAAGGUACAGCAAUGGAAAAGGUCCAGCUUCACCUGAAAUUCCAGCAGCACCGAUUGGUUGGGCUUGGUCGCUGAACCAAUUCAAGUCCUUCAGAUGGAACCUUACCGCUAGCGCUGCAAGGCCUAAUCCUCAGGGAAGUUACCACUACGGUCAGAUCAACAUUACCCGAACCAUUAAGCUCGUUAAUUCGGUUAGUAGGAGCAGUGGGAAGCUCCUUUAUGGACUCAAUGGUGUUUCACAUGUUGACCCGGAAACACCCAUCAAGCUUGCUGAGUACUUUGAAAUCCCUGACAAGGUCUUCAAGUACAAUGUCAUCUCCGAUAACCCUAGCAGCGUCGCAACCACCCUCACCGUGCAACCCAAUGUGCUUAACAUCACGUACCGCACCUUUGUUGAGAUCGUCUUUGAGAACCACGAGAAGAGCAUCCAGUCAUAUCAUCUUUGCGGCUAUUCUUUCUUCUUUGUCGCCAUAGAGCCAGGGCUGUGGACGCCAGAGAAGAGGAAGAGCUAUAACAUGCUUGAUACGGUGAGCAGGAACACAGUACAGGUGUUCCCAAAGUCAUGGGCGGCGAUACUGCUGACGUUCGACAACGCGGGAGUAUGGAACUUGAGGUCGGAGAUAGCUGAGAACCGCUACUUAGGACAACAACUAUACAUAAGCGUUUUGUCGCCUGAACGUUCUAUCAGGGAUGAGUUCAACAUUCCAAAUAAUUGCUUGCUUUGUGGCGCCGUCAAGGAUUUGCCAAAGCCACCACCAUACGCCUAA